AGUCGGGAAUAGAGCUGUGGCAAGCAAUAUAGAUCGCCCCUUACGCUCUCUCUAAAAAAAGCCCUUCUUAGUAAAGCUUCGGCCCUAUGGAGAAAAGGGAAGUGCAGAUCUGGAGUGUUUGGACGAGAAAGAAAGGCUUUGCAGCAAGCUGAGUUGUACCGCAAUUUUAUUUUCCGGGCAUACGUCCAGCCGAGCAUAUUUGUUUGCUAGUUUCUUGAUCCCGGAAAUCUUGUACUCAGAGUCACGGAUAAAGUUGACUACCCAGCGACGGAGUGGAUGACCCCCCGUUCUUUCUAGUGGGUUUUAUCCCGUCCCUUUUGGGACCAUUCACCCUUUUCCAAGCAUAGGUAGAACCCCUCUUUCCCAUACACAACGACGGUUCCAAGCAAGAUGAGUAGUUUAUAGUCGACUCAAUAUCAACGAAACCCCCCCAUUUUAUCUUUUUAGUACCGAUGGUCUUGUAGUGCACCCUUCAUCGAAAGAGUAGUUGAAAGACCCACCUCUGAAUAAACCUUUAGGUUGGGAGAUAUCAAAGGGGAACCUCGCCUAGCUUAUCUGUCCCUGUAUUAUUCAACUCAUCUGUCCACUUAUCUUGUUCAAAGCAGAAGGAAGAUUUGAAUCCUUUCUUUCGAGGGUAAUCCGCCAGUCUCUAGACUGGAAAAGAUUCAAUCCACUUCUUGACCAGCUUCUUAGGUGCUGCUUAGGCCUGCUUCUAUGUCCUGUAACUUCUAAGGCUUCUCACAGGCAUUUGCUUUAAAGGGGCUUGUUGGCCCCCUUCUUAGUUAGCUCUUUAUGUCUGCUUUAAGCUUCGUCGGACAUUUUAUGGCCCGUAGCUUACAACAUCUUAUGAGAAGGGCCUGUAGCUCGAUACAAUUGUUGGCCAGUUGCUUACUUGCGUACGGGCAGACGUAUUCAGCCAUUCCCAUCCCUCAUCAGGGCCCAGCUUGACAAAGAUUUUGAUGUGGAUGAGAGGGGGAGCAUCUUUUUUAGAUAUCCCCGCAAUUAGAGCUAUUAGAUGAGAAGAGACUUCGCGCCAUGGAACAUGUCCAAGUCUACCAGAAAAUUCCAGUGCAUUCCAAAAUAAGGUAAUAUAGAGAAAGUUCAACAUAGGGGAGAAAGUCUUGAAAAAGAUUCUUUCCGGACGUGAGCCUCAUCCAAGAUGGAAACUCCAUUUUGUGCUCGCUCUCUUCUGUCAUGCGCAUCAUGGCUGGGUGAGUUGGCCCAUUGCGAAUUCUUCCAAUCUGGUCAUGCACUUUUUUAAGAUGCGGAACCUGGGAGCUUUCCUCUUCAAAAUAGGGGUUAAUUUUUCGUAGGGGGGUAAGGAAGGUGCCGAGAUCGUAAUAGAAAGGAGUUGAUAGUCCCGUCUGCUAGGCUUUUCCGAACUUCCCUUCUUCUGCCCGUUAAAUCCUUUUCUUCUGCUUUUUCCCAACGAUAUAUCCCCAUUCUUUAAAAAAAAGAAAGCAUAUAUUAGUUCCAGAGAAUCAUCCGAACAUUCUGAGAUACGGUUGUCAAAUGGGAGAAGAGGAACGAGAGGCGUCCCUAAGCUUUCCGGCUCACUAGUAAGUGACGAGGGGUUUGAAUUUCAUUCUCAGAACCUCCUUCGAAUUACAGAACUGGAGGGGGUCUCACAGGCAUCUCUCUUCGAGCGGCAGUGCAAGCUCGGAUGGUGUUAGCGCUGGCAGAAGGUCCGAAGAUUCAUUUCAAAAAAUAGGAAUGUCAGAGCAGUUAGUCCGCAUGUCCCUAACUACCUUGUUCCUGAUUGGAUUGCUUUCUUAGUGUGGCAUCUUUUUGUUCGCUGUCCACUAGUGAGAUUAUCAUAUAUAAAUGUAGAUAGAGAAAGAGGCUAAGCCUACGUAACGCUAUGGGAACAGCUUUUUUUGUCCGCUUUCAGCUAUGCUAUAUAGAUGCGCUACCUUGUGAAAGAAAACAUCAUAUGUAAGUAAGUAGCAUCUAGAAUCGAAUCCAGAGCAGCUAAGAAUAAAAAAAAAAUCGAGUAGCUUGCGGGCCGGUCGUCAGUUCAGACUAGCUGGUCAGUGGGGGUCAGAGAGUGUUCCGUUAGUGUUCUCACAGUCUCAGUGCGACCUUGCUUGGUCAACAAUUUGGAGAGUUUGCGAAACGAAGACUUUCGAGAACAAAUAUUAAACCGGGAAGAAAAAAGGGGAAAAAGUAAAGAAAGUAACAAUAAGGCGCAUAUGGCACGAAAAGGAAAUCCGAUUUCGGUAAGACUCGAUCUGAAUCGUAGUUCAGAUUCAAGUCGGUUCAGUGAGGGCGACCGCGAAAGUCACCGAAUGGGUCAGUCUUUUCCUUCCUUCAGUUUGUCCUAUAUAUGUUGAAUAAAAAAGCUUGGGAUGGGAGGACGUAGCAGAUGUCCGGGACGGACACGACUUCUUCUAACGCUAGAAGACCACUGGAAGAGACCCGGGACCAGAGCAUGUCGUGAAAGAAGCACACCGGGCGGGCGUGCUUCGACCGUGUCUCCGGGGCACAGUUGAAUGUAGAUAUCAUGAACGCGAGGUGCAGGAUACCAGGCCGAGAAACCCGGCACCCCCUAUGUGCCGAUCGCUAGCGCAUCCAGGGCCCCGGCGCCCUGCGGAGCUGGAGAGGCCUAGCCUGAUCUGAGAAGUGCUAAUUCGGUUCGGAUAGACUUCAUUCAAGAACGCCGCCGCCCCUGGAAUCAAUAAGAAAACUAGUGCUAAGUUUCAGAUCAGUGAAUAAACCGAAACGAAAGAAGAAAGAGACCUUUCUCGCUCGGCGCCUAAAGCGCACUAUGCUCCGCUUCAACAAAUGAGAGUUUUCGGUGGAACCGGUGAACCACGCGAGCUGGUUAGAUGCGUGGGACAGAGGGCUCAUAGUACCUGCUAGCGCAGCUAUGCAGUGGAAGGGAAGGAGCCUAAAUCGACCCCCUUAUUUUUCUUAUUUAUUUUAAAAAAAAAUAAUAAAAAAGUACAAAGAGAUUAGACUCUCGGAUGAGACUAAGCAGCCACCGACCGUUCCGACGCGCCCCUGACCUAUUUUUUUUAUUAAGACCGAAAACCUAUCUAAAAUGGAGCCUAGUUUAGGCUGUCAAACAAAUGAUAAAAUAAAAAAUAUUUAAUAUAACCACUAGUAGGGAUAUGGAUGGAGUCUCGCUCAGUAAAGAGAGUUGUAGAUUCCUAGAAAAGGAGAGGAGCCUUGACUUUCUAUGAUGUUCUUAGUCAAGAAGCGCUAACGCUGCAAUCUUUCUAAAGCAAGAAGCGAGAAAGUUUACUUUGAGAAAGAAGGUGCUUGUUGCCGCUUUCUUCUUUUUUUAUAGUAAGUAAGUAAACUUGUUUUGUUUUAGUUUAUAAGGCGAAAGGUUGCUAUUUUUAUAAUUAUUAUAGCGUUAGCGCUUUAGUUUUCAAUAAGUUUAGGCUUGACUAAGAACAUAGAAAUGUUGAAUCAGGGUGCGCAGGGAACCCUAUACAAAGGGCCUUUCCCUUCAAAUGACAACUGCCUCUUCCUGCUGCGAAGGCCUUGCACGAAACCAACCCCCCCACCCCCGAUCCAGUACCAGUUGUUUCGCUGGUAGGCCCACUUAGGUUAGGGGGGCAUUGUCCCUCAGUUCUUACCAACCUCCGGUGUGUAAUCGACAUGUUGCUAACUUCAACUCGGUUGAAUAAGAAUCAUUGAUUCCCUUUGCUGUCCAUUUAUUAUUCAUUCAGGGCGCUCGGCCGGUGCUCCUUUUUUAAACCAGAACAACUCUGAACGUUAGAGAAGAGAAGAUAAGGGAAGACCACCUGAGCGAACCGACCGAGGGGACUUGACUUAUUCGAACCGAACGAUAGCGGCUUAAAGCUAAGCCUAUCACGAGCAGCGUCGCUGCUUGAUCGGCGGGGAGAAGCAUCUCAAAGUAUGGGGCAAAGGAUCAAGCGCUUUGACUUUGUCUCCCGGGAUUCACCACAGGUUGGGUUUGAGAGCCGUGUGAUGGGUGACUAUCCAGCACGGUUCGGAGAGCACUUUUUGUCAGCGUUGGUGAAUGGAAGCCCCUCUAUCAAGAAAGAAGCGGCUAUUCCCACGGCGGAGUCACCAUUGACUCUAUUUAUUAUUAUGGUAAAUUAGUUUAUCAAGAUGUCAAUCUGAGAUCUUAUUUCGGUUCGAUACGUCCACCUGCGAGACUAACCUUUGGCUUUCGUCUCGGUAGGUGUAUUCUUAUACAUUUUCCCAAAAGAACAUUCAUUCAUUUCUUUCUUCCCCGUCGACCACGACGACUGAAACGACGCGAUAAAUCCAGACCCGGAAAGGAGAAGGGCCGGUGGUGGGCAUUUGGGAAAGUCGGGCCGAUCGGGUGUCUUCAUUCCAGCAACAAGAAAGAAGAAGAACGAAACGAAGUGAGAGGCCGGAGGGCAGGGAAAAGAGUCGAGUCGAUCAGGCUCGACGACCGGGAGAAGCAAAACGAAAUUAGGAUUUGGCCGAAAAAGAAGCAACGCUAUGGAUACCAUGACCGAUCACCAUCGAUAAAGAAGAAUCUUUCUAAAUCACUUCGGGUCAGCGGGGCCUUCAAGCAUCCGAAAUACGCCGGGGCUGUAAAUGACAUAGCGUUCCUGAUAGAAAAUUACGACUCCUUCAGAAAAACUUCGUUUUUUAAGUUAUUUUUCCCCAAGAAGUCCCGCUCCGACGGCCCGACGAGUCAUCUAUUUAAAAGGACCCUCCCUGCAGUGCGCCCCUCCUUGAAUUAUUCGGUCAUGCAAUACUUUUUUUGUAGAAAGAACCAAAUGCAUUUCGACCCCGUCGUAGUUCUCAAUCAUUUCGUGGCACCGGGCGUGGCUGAACCAUCUACGAUGGGGGGAGCGAAUGCGCAGGGAAGAAGCUUAGAUAAGAGAAUACGUUCUCGCAUCGCUUUUUUUGUAGAAAGCUCGACCAGCGAGAAAAAGUGUUUGGCCGAAGCCAAAAAGAGGUUGACCCACUUCAUUCGCUUGGCGAAUGAUCUUCGCUUCGCGGGAACAACAAAAACCACCAUCUCGCUCUUUCCUUUCUUCGGUGCUACCUUUUUCUUUCCAAGGGAUAGAGUUGGGAUUUAUAAUAACCUUUUUUUUGAGGAUGCCCGGGAACCACUCCUAGGUCAAUUAAGGAUCAAAUGUUGGAACCUCAUGGGUAAGGAUAAGGUAAUGGAAUUGAUAGAUAAAUUCAUAGACCUAGGUAGGAUAGGAGAGUGGAUAAAGGGAAUAGAGAUGAUGAUAGAGAUCAUACUGAGAAACAGAAAAAUUCCGUACGGGUACAACUCUUAUUUGAACGAAGUGAAAAAAAUGCGAUCUUUGUUGUCUAAUAGAACAAACACUAAUACCUUAAUUGAGUCGGUCAAGAUCAAAUCUGUUUAUCAAAGUGCUUCUCCGAUUGCUCAAGACAUCUCUUUUCAACUGAGAAAGAAAACAAGAUCAUUUCGUUCCAUUUUUAGUAGAAUAGUUAAGGAUAUUCCAUUAGUAAUGAAAAAAGGGGUUGAGGGGAUCCGUAUAUGUUGUUCAGGUCGAUCAGAAGGCGCAGAAAUAGCUAGAACUGAAUGCGGAAAGUAUGGAAAAACAUCUCGUAAUGUAUUUAACCAGAAAAUAGAUUAUGCUUCUGCGGAAGUAUCUACUCGUUACGGAAUCUCAGGUGUCAAAGUGUGGAUUUCAUAUAGUAAAAAAAAAAAGGGACGUGCUAUAUCCGAAACGUACGAAAUUUAGUAAAUAUCGUAAAGGCAGAUGUAGUAGGGGUUGCAAACCAGACGGAACAAAACUAGGUUUUGGAAGAUAUGGCACUCAAAGUUGUAGAGCUGGUCGUCUUUCAUAUCGAGCCAUUGAAGCAGCGCGUCGGGCUAUAAUCGGGCACUUCCAUCGUGCUAUGAGCGGACAAUUCCGAAAAAAUGGUAAGAUAUGGGUAAGAGUUUUCGCAGAUAUCCCUAUUACCGGGAAACCUACAGAAGUAAGAAUGGGAAGAGGAAAAGGAAAUCCUACGGGUUGGAUUGCUCGUGUGUCCGCGGGACAAGUCCUAUUUGAGAUGGAUGGUGUGAGUUUGUCAAAUGCUCGACAAGCCGCUACAUUAGCGGCGCAUAAACCAUGUUCGUCAACCAAGUUUCUUCAGUGGUCGUAACGUAAUUGGUUAGUGGGGAAAAACCAGGCCGGGACUCAAAAGAAUUAGGCGAAGGGUUUGUUCCUGAACGAGGGAAGUGGAAAGACACUAAGGGAGAGGGAUAUACUCCUU